UAAUUACUAUAAGUUUUGUAUAAUUUUUUUGAAAAUUUUUUUAUUAAUUGUUCCAUGCAAAGAGCCCAUUAUUGCAACAUAUUUUUGGAUUAUUUUUUCGUUUGAUUUAUUAAUUCAUUCUUUGUUUGUUUGUCGAGAAAAUGUAGUUUUAAGUGAGAAACUGUAGGGUUUGAACUUUUGUUAGGUUUUAUUUUGUUUUGUAUUCUGGUAAAUUUGAUUGUUUCUUUUAUUUCCCCCUUCUCUUUAAGAAUGUAAUUAGCAAGUAAAUAAUAGCAUCAGGGCCUCGGAUUGUAGAAUUACUUGAUGAUUUCAAAAAAAAAAUUUGUGUUUGGAAUCUGUUUGGUGGAUGAGAAAAUAACGGAGAAUUAAAGGGAAAAAAGAAAGAAAGACAGAGCAAAUUUUGAAUUCUCGAAUUGACUUCAACUAGGACUUCAAAAUUAACUUUAUUCACUCAGGCUUUUAAACUUUUGUAUUUGUUUUAUGUUCCUUUUUCCUUUUUUAUUUCUUUCAUUGUUGAGAAUUUUCUAAUUUAGUCUUACCAUUAGAAGCAGAACCAUAAAUACGUUUCCUUUUUUUCUUCCUUUUUUGCCUUAGAGUUCGUCGGAAUCAGUCUCAUGUAGUUUCCAUUUGAGAGCAAUUUGUUAAUGGAAUUUGGGGUUCAUGGUGAUGUUAAUGGUGGCAUGGUACUGAAUUCAGUCCAAGUGGAGGCUAGUAGCAUGGAUAAUGAAAGUGAAGCUGUAGAAAGUCCUGUUGAAGGAACUUUUCAGCAGGGUGUGAAUGAAAAGAUGGAUCGAACUUCUCCAGAAGGGGACGACAUCCCGGAGGGCAUUCCAGCUGAUGAGCCUUAUGUAGGUCAGGAGUUUGAAUCUGAGGCAGCUGCACAUGCGUUUUAUAAUGCAUAUGCCACUAGGGUUGGAUUCAUAAUUCGUGUAAGCAAACUUUCUCGUUCAAGGCGUGACGGAUCUGCUAUUGGUAGGGCACUUGUUUGUAACAAAGAAGGUUUUAGAAUGCCUGACAAGAGAGAAAAAAUUGUGAGGCAAAGGGCAGAGACGAGGGUUGGAUGCAGGGCAAUGAUUUUGGUGAGGAAAGUAAGUUCUGGUAAAUGGGUUGUUACAAAAUUCGUGAAGGAACACACUCAUCCUCUGACGCCUGGAAAAGGUCGGAGGGAUUGCAUUUAUGAUCAAUACCCGAAUGAACAUAAUAAAAUCCGAGAAUUAACACAGCAGCUGGCCAAUGAGAAAAAGAGAGCUGCAACCUAUAAAAGGCAUCUAGAAUUGAUUUUUGAGCAAAUUGAGGAGCACAAUGAGAGUCUGUCAAAGAAGAUCCAACACAUAGUAGACAGUGUGCGGGAAAUGGAGAACAAAGAGCAGCAGAGCCAUGUAUAGUUCCAGCAUAGCUUUUCAUGUUUUUGUCAAAAUAUAGGAUCAAAACCUGGUAUAGAGUAUGCUGUUGGGUAAAGGUCAGUGUUUCUAUAAUUAGGUUUGCUUAAAAAAAACUACAUCCUGAUAUUGUUCUAGGUAUUUGUUAGAAUCUAGUCAGUUCUGUUGCAUGGGAAUCCUUGGGUCUAUGCCAUUCAUUGGAAUGCCUUGUGUGAUUAUGCUUUGAAAAUUGAACCACAUGGUUAGCAGGAUAAACUAGGUCAGUCAAUGUACAGUCUUUUGGGGCAAGCCUUGUGCAGUUGUGUGAAGAGUGCAAAGGUAAUUGGCAAUCGGGACGUCAUUAGGUGGUUAAAUUAUUCCAUUAAGUUUUUUGUACUUCUUUUUGGUAAUUUUGGGUAAAUGUUUUCUUACAAUUUGAUUAAACUUUGUCUGUCUUUGUAUAGCAUUCAAAUGAUUUUAUUUGUAUUCAGUUACAUUUUGUAUUGAGACUUUUGGAUACUGCUGUAAUUAGCACUUCAUUUAUUCCCAUGAUUUUAGCCGUA